AUGCCUCGUUACUAUUACUAUUAUAAUGAAACUACAAAUGAGAUGGAUUUAAGUUUUUAUUAUAAUCCAUUGCUUGAUAGUUAUUCAAAAUCAAAGAUACUGUUUGUAUUUAUUUUUUUAAUUAUUGUAGUAUUAAGUAUAAUAGCGGCAAGAAGGGCAUUUAUAGUGAAAAGGAAAAUAACGUUUUUUACAGUUCUUGGUUUAAUAAAUGCUAUAGGUUCAUUAUUAAAGGUUACUAUUAUUUGUGUGGAAUGGAUAGAACCAUCUAGUUUUUUACAGGUUGGAGUAACCUCAUUUUUUUUCAAUUUUAAUUAUAUAUUAAUUCAUUGUACUUUAUCAGCUUUGGUUUUUUAUUGGAUUCAUAAAUAUCAUGAUAGCAUUAAAAAUAAAAAGAGAAGUUGGUCAUCAGUUUUUGUAUGUUUGGUAUUUUUAUCAUUCAAUUCAUUUGGCGUUUUAGUUUGUUUUUUAAUUUCGUAUUGCGAAUCAAAUAGAAUAGACGAAUCACAGUUUUACACAUCAUGCAUGUUUAUAGUUAAUAUAGUUUAUUUCUUAGCUGAUGUAUCUUAUGCAGGUUCAUUGUUUGUUUAUGGUUUUUUAAUUGGUAAAAAUCAUAAAAAAUCAUUAGGAAUUUUAUGUUGCUCAAUUGCAUUAGGUAUAACCUUUUUAUAUAAUGCAGUCGAGUUAUUUACAACAGCUUUUGUAGAAUAUUUAAACGAAACUCAAGGCAUUCUAUUCGAUUUUACAGAUUUAAUUAAUAUAUCAAUGAUUUAUUUAUGUUUAAUUGGCAUUAUCCACUACGAUACCCGAGUCAGAAAAAGAGUAAUUUCUAAAAAGAUUUUACUUGGUCGAUCCUGUAUAAACGAUACAUUUAAAAAUAAAAAUGAUAAUAGUAAAAAUAAUUUUGCAAAUGAUAAUAAAAGUGAAUUAGGUCUCAAUAAUAUUAAUGAUAUCAAUAGUAAUAGUUUUGGUAGUAACAGUAAUAACAUAAGUAGCAGUAACAAUAAUAAUAUUUAUUAUAAUUGUAAUAAUAAUAUAGAUGGCAGUAGCAAUAGUAAUAUUAUUAGUACAAAAAAUAAUAGCAAUAAUAACAAUAAUAAUAAUAAUAUCAAGUAUUCAAAUCCUUCAAUAAUAUUAGAUAGCAAAUGUUAA